CUUUUUUAUUUAUCUUAUCAAUAUAAUCUUUUGAUUAUAUCAACCAUUUAUGGCGGAGUAAUAUUAAGCAACACAUAGAAAACUGACCAUGCUCCUCCCCAUUGCAAGUGUUAUUUUUUUCUAUGAGUUAAUAGGGUCAACUUUGCAAAAAAACCAAUGACGGUAAGGUUCUAUUAAAAGUAAACUCAAGUUGCAUUUAAUCACAUUUAUUAACGCGUUUAAAACGAUUAUAUCUACUGUUCACCAAAUACCGACAAAGAUAUUAUUUUUGUUGUGAUUAUCCGCCAACACGAUCAAGGUCGCCAUUAUCAUUUGAAAUUUCAAGUAUCAAUAUGCACCAAACAUGACGCCCAACUUAGGGCAUGGAUCCUAGAAAUAAAUAUCAGUUACCCUCUACAUUACCAAAUACUUAUACCGUUGACGAUUCAUUAAGCCCGGGUAAUGACCAAAACCCUAUUUCGCCUAACUGGAAUUAUGGUCAUCAACAAUCAUCAAACAAUCAACUGACAACAUAUGACUAUAAUGGUUUUGGUCAAGCUCCAGCCUUUUGUGGUAUACAAAACCCAGUUUAUACUCAAUUGAACGCGUCUGAUCAUUCCGACAGUCAAUCGUCCAAUCAUUUUUUAUACGAUGAGCCUGCCUUGAAUGGCAAUUUCACGCAGUCAUACGCAGUACGAAGAACGCCACCUGAUUUCCAAGGAGAAAACGAUGAUUCCCGGGACAGUCCAUUGCAGUAUAGACGAGGUAAACGAACCUUGAAUCCAUUGCCCCGUCACAAACGAGAAUCACAUAUUAACGCCGAAUAUCGACGACGAACGAAAAUACAGACCGGAUUUGAUACUUUAAAGAAUUUGGUGCCUGCAUUAAGAGAUUCUGGCGGUGUUGAGUUAAAGGAAAGUAAAUCGGCUAUGCUUUUAACAGCUGCUGAAUAUUGUGGUCAGUUGAAAAAUGAAAGUUGUAGAUAUGACGAUGACAAAGCGGCGUUGAAGCAAGAAAUACAGGUCCUGAAUAAACAGAUACAGCAAUAUCAGAGUGACCUUCCAGCAGGCGGGGUUUGUGGUGUAGAGAAACCUCACUGCCAUCUAGAUCAAAUGCUUAAUAAGUAUAUAAGUGGCAGAGUUACUGAAGAUUGGAAAUUCUGGAUCUUUAGUUUUUUAGUGCGACCCUUAUUUCAACAUUAUAAAAGAAUGGUAUCAUCUAAUACAUAUGCAGUAUUUUAUAGUUCCAUUAAAACCUGGUCGGAUGAAUAUUUGUCGUUAACUAAUUUAAGACCCGAAAUCCUUAGCCUUUUAAGACAAAUUAGCACAAAGACGUCGAUUAUGACAACACCAGAUCUACUUCCACAAGAAGCUUUUGAAGAUUGCUUUGACAAGAAAUGUUAAUUCUUUCAACAAAAGACAGUAAGACGGGGCGAUACUCAAAGUUGACUGUCGUGGAAUAAUAACCAAACAGCUAGCGCCCUGUGAAUAAUAUUAUACCUAUAAAAGUUCAAACCCAUGAAAUGGUCCAAAAAUAUAUUGGUAGUAAUAUAGUAGUAUAGUAUAUUUCUAUAAAGACUGGUGUUACUAACACUAAUAAGAACACAAAACGUGUUAGUUGAAAAGUAUAUGACCGAAUUUAACUUGACUGGAGCCCAGUGUAUAUCAUUUCUUGGGGACUUUUCUAUUUUUGUUCAGCCGAUUCUUUUCAAACAAAUCAAAACAAUAAUGAAAUAUUGAUAAAGUUAUUUUUUGUUAAUCUAUAGAUCCAGAAUCUAGCCUUAUGUAACAUAAUAAAGUAUUAAACAAAUUGAAAAAUAUGUUUGCCCUGCCUGCAAAUAAGGCCCUGAUAUUAGUGAUUAAGUAUUAUUAUCAUAAAUAAUAUAUAUA